AUGAAGAAGAGUGAGAGUGGGGGGUAUGUGAGAGCGGAUCAGAUAGAUCUGAAGAGCUUGGAUGAGCAGCUUCAGAGGCAUCUUAGUAGAGCAUGGACUAUGGAGAAGAACAAGGAGAAGGAGGAAGAGGAGGUUGAAGGAAGGUCCACAAGAAGCAGACAAGAGUGGGAGAUUGACCCUUCUAAGCUUGUCAUCAAGGCUGUCAUUGCCCGUGGCACUUUUGGCACAGUUCAUCGUGGGAUUUAUGACGGACAAGAUGUUGCAGUUAAGCUCCUUGACUGGGGAGAAGAGGGACAUCGAUCAGAUGCUGAAAUAGCUUCUUUGAGAGCGGCGUUUACUCAAGAAGUUGCUGUUUGGCACAAGCUUGACCAUCCUAAUGUAACCAAGUUUAUUGGGGCAACAAUGGGAACAUCAGAGCUACAGUUACAAACGGAAAACGGUCAUAUAGGCAUGCCAAGUAAUGUUUGUUGUGUUGUUGUUGAAUAUUGUCCUGGAGGCGCUCUGAAGACUUAUCUUAUUAAAAACCGAAGAAGGAAGCUGGCUUUUAAAGUGGUUGUUCAACUGGCUCUUGACCUUGCAAGAGGGUUGAGCUAUCUUCAUACAAAGAAGAUUGUCCACAGAGAUGUUAAAACAGAAAAUAUGCUUCUGGACAAGACACGAACCUUGAAAAUAGCUGAUUUUGGAGUGGCUCGGAUUGAGGCCUCCAAUCCUCAUGACAUGACAGGUGAAACUGGAACCCUUGGUUACAUGGCUCCUGAGGUUCUAAAUGGUAAUCCAUACAAUAGAAAGUGUGACGUGUACAGUUUUGGCAUAUGCUUAUGGGAGAUAUACUGCUGUGACAUGCCAUAUCCGGACCUUAGCUUCUCCGAAGUGACAUCAGCUGUAGUACGGCAGAAUCUGAGGCCGGAGAUUCCAAGAUGUUGCCCUAGCUCUCUGGCAAAUGUGAUGAAAAGAUGCUGGGAUGCUAAUCCUGACAAGAGGCCAGAAAUGGAUGAAGUGGUGUCCAUGUUGGAAGCUAUUGACACUUCAAAGGGUGGAGGUAUGAUCCCUCUUGAUCAGCCUCAGGGUUGUUUAUGUUUUCGCAGCUAUCGAGGACCUUGAAAGAUUUUUCACUGUCAAGGAAAUCGAUUAUGGAGGGAUGAUAUACAGCAUUCUGGAAAAUCAGUUUGUAUUUUAUUUCAUUGAAGGAAUAGGGAAGGAAGACUCAGGAUGGAAUGCAUACACAAAAACUGUGAAGGCCAUAGUUAAUGAUGAGCUCUGCAAUUACUUGUUACUUUGUUGGGCUAUAAUUUUUGUAAAGCUAAUUGUGCUCUCUCCUCAUUGCACCCAUUUUUAUAAUAUUUUCUGUUUAAGUUGUACACUUGACAGUAGUAGCAUGGAUUGUUCCAACACUAAUAUCAAAGUCCUAAGGGGUCAUUUGAUGUCCUAUGAGCCUACAAGUGAUCUGUUUUGGGAAGAUCUGCUCAUGUGCAGAAAGACACCUAUAAUAUAUGGAAUAAAUAUACAAUUUGGCUGUAAAAGAUGUAUCUGUUGAGAUUGAGGAAGCUUUUUGUUUAUCCAAUUGACAUUUUAAGUGGUAA